AUGCAAAGUGUAAGGGCCGAUAUUGAGCGUCUGUGGGCCAAAGCUGUGCAUGCAUUGGGUGUGGAUAGAUUUACACCUGAAGAAUGGAAGGAAGAAUACGAGCAUUUCAUCAAAUGCAUGGUGUCCGACAAGGAACCCUGCAUUGUGAUGAACACUGAAGCGCAAUUGAGAGAAGAAUAUGAUGAGUAUCUACCGCCGGCGCUAAGAAAUAACAAUCGGCCCCAGCAUACACAGCCCACGUUCAGAACGGGGCAGCAGAAUUUCCCGCAACAACAACAAAAUGCACAGCAGCAAAAGGUGCAGCAGCUACAACAACAACAGUUACAGAAACAACAACAGCAGGAACAACGCCAACAACAACAGCUUUCAUACCAGGCUCUAGCCAAAAAUGAGGAUUGCAGAUAUAAGCCAUAUCCAUUGAACAUAAAAAACCAGCCAACAACGGUCGUCAAUCAAGCUUUGAAAUCACCCCUCAAGGAUACUAAUGCCUUACCAACGUCAACGCGCAUUAUGAAAAAGGAAAAGUCUCCUACACUAAAACAUGAAAUAGGCGAUAUCUCCGACUUUUUUAACAAUUUACCUCAGAUUCCAACAAAAAUUGGGAAAUCGUUGCAAGGACGUAAUUUAACAUUGCCAGCAUCGAGUUCUAAACUGCUUGAUGUACCAUUAAAGCCUGCGGUUGGGCAGCAAACCGAAAAUGAAUCGAAGCCAACCAAUCGCAAGAAGAGAAAGAAACACUAAGAAAUCCUUUAGUUGAG